AUGGAGACGAAAAGUGAGGAGAAUCUCGAGACGCUUUUAAAGCAUAAAACCGAAGAAGCUGCAAGUGCGAUAAAGUUAUACAAAAUAAGAUGGUUUAUACUGCUGCUGUUCGUGCUUUAUGCAGCGAGCAGCGCGAUGCAAUGGAUCCAGUAUUGUGUAAUCAGUGAUGUAAUCAUGAAAUAUUACGGCGUGUCAGCAUUGGCCGUAGACUGGACCUCUUUGAUUUCGAUGGUGACAUAUCCACCUCUGAUCAUUCCUGGCUCAUUCAUCAUUGAUAAAAUGGGAUUACGUGUUUGCGCCUUGCUUGGCGUCAUCGGAACAACAAUUGGAACAUGGGUAAAAGUGUUCUCCGUUCAACCUCACUUAUUUUGGGUGGGCUUCGCCGGUCAAACUAUAGUCUUCGUUUCGCAAAUAUUCAUACUCAGUUUACCACCCCGAAUUGCAUCGCUUUGGUUCGGUCCAAAUGAGGUAACUUAUCUUCGAGCACGUAUCACUGCGUGCUCCUUGGGUGUCUUCGGAACGCAAUUAGGUACAGCUGUAGGUUUCAUCGCUCCACCGUAUAUAGUUCAAAACAGUGAUAAUUUGGAGGAAAUCGGGGAUAGUCUGAGUCUGAUUUUCAAAGCAGUCGCUUGGUAUACGACACCCAUUGCCAUUUUGGUGAUCCUGUAUUUCAAAUCGGAACCCGAGGUGGCACCCAGCCAAGCCCAACUUGAUUUGCGCAGGAAGCAU